AUGCAAUGCACAGGAAUGCAGCAAUGUAUACAGCAAAACGGCUAUGCAUGUGCAAAAGACUCACCUGGACAAGCAGAGCAUGUGCAGCAUCACGCAGCGCACUAUGGAAAAGAUAGGGCGACGCGAGAGGGAGCGCGACAUAGAAUACGCGGCGCGGAGGAGGAAUCACGUGCACCGCAGCAGGCUCGUGGAGCUGGAUACGGAGGAGACGCAAUGGCAACGUCGGAUGAAGAGCAAAUAGGAAAAAACAAGAAUAUUCGUAUAGAGCAGUUUGGGUGUUUAAUGGGAGGGGGUAGAGUUUACCGGGGAGACAGACAUUGGAAAAAACAGUGUCAAGAGCACCAUGGAGCGCAGUGA